CACUCCGUCUCUGAUAAGAGGUGAAAUGGCUGAAGUAACACCUCAGCUGUUGGAGACCUUCUCCUGUUCUGUCUGUCUGAACGUCCUGAAGGACCCGGUGACGAUUCCCUGUGGUCACAGCUACUGCAUGAGCUGUAUUAAAACCAACUGGGAUAUAGAGAAUCGGAGGGGAAUCAAUCGCUGCCCUCAGUGUGGAACGAUCUUCACAGUGAGGCCUGCCCUGGUGAAGAACGCCAUGUUAGCAAAUUUAGUGGAGCAACUGAAUGCAGUCCAAGCUAUUCCUGCUGAUCACUGCUAUGCUGCUCCUGAAGAUGUGGCCUGUGAUUUCUGCACUGGGAGGAAGCUGAAAGCCUUCAAGUCCUGUCGGAUGUGUUUGGCUUCUUACUGUGAGAAACACCUUCAGCCUCAUUACGAUGUGGCUGCUUUAAGGAAUCACAAGCUGGUGGACCCCUCCAAAGAGCUUCAGGAGAACAUCUGCUCUCUUCACAAUGAGGUAAUGAAGAUCUUCUGUCGUACUGAUCAGCAGAGCAUCUGUUAUCUCUGCUUUAUGGAUGAACAUAAAGACCACGACACGGUCUCAGCUGCAGCAGAAAGGACUGAGAGGCAGAAAGAGCUGGAGGUGAGUCUACUCAACAUCCAGCAGAGAAUACAGGACAGAGAGAAAGGUGUGAAGCUGCUUCAACAGCAGGUGGAGAAAAUCAAUGAAGCAACGGAGGACAGUGACAAGAUCUUCCACGAGCUGAUCUCUUUCAUGAUGAAAAGAAGCUCUGAUGUGAAGAAGCGGGUCAAAUCCCAGGAGAGAGCUGAAUUGAGUCGAGUCAGAGGUCUUGAGAUGAACCUGCAGCAGGAGAUCUCUGAGCUGAAGAGGAGCGACGCUGAGCUGCAGGAGCUCUCACACACACAAAAUCUGAACCAGUUCCUCCAGAACUACCCCUCAGUGUCCCCCCUCAGUGAGUCUACAGACUCAUUCAGCAUCAGCAUCUGUCCUCCGAGCUGCUAUAAGGACUUCACAACGGCUCUGUCAGAAAUCAGAGACAAACUAGAGGACGUCCUGAGAGAGAAAUGGACAAAUGUCUUCCUGACUGUGGCUGAAGUGGAUGUUUUACUCUCACAAUCAGAGCCAAACACCAAAGCUGGAUUCUUAAAAUAAUCACUUGAAAUCUCACUACUCUGGAGACACUGCUGAGUUCAAAUCGACAGAAGUCAUUUCAGGGUUUGACUGUUUUGACUCACUGUGAUCAUCAUUUGUAUCUCCAUGUUGGAUGCUCAGUGUUUCUUCACUGCUCUCACAUCUUCUCAUUAGUUCUUCUGUAGACGUGCCUUCAGGUGGACCUCCUUCUGGUGUGUGUUUAGCCAAGGAGAAUAUCACUGUUGUUGUUUACCUGAACUAACUUUUCUACGUAUGAUUAUUAGAACAUUUUAGAGUUCUAAAUGUUUGAUGAAUAUUUGUAUUCAUACAUUUACACUUUUCUUUAACUUCCAUUGCAUCGAUCUUAAGAGGAAAAAAACAACAAAGAUAUUGUUUUCUUGGUUCUAGGUUUGUAGACAUUUGCUUGUUUGUGUAUUUUUGUUCCACACUGUCAAUGCUGAAUUAUUGUUUUUUACAUAACUGAUGUUCUGAUCCAAGAUAAUAAUUGUGUGGAUAAAGUGAAUCUGUACAUGAAACCACUGUUCUACGUUUCCCUUUUCUCAAUCUCUCAAGGUGUUCUCUCCUUCUGCAGCAGCUGCAUGACGCUCCUCUACAUCCAGACCACGUUCACUGAGGCUUUCUAUGCUGCACUUUGGCCGUUUUAUUCACGUGGAGACCCGGCUGAAUCCUGCAAACUCAAAUGCACAGAAGUCCUCUCAGGGUUGAACUCUUUGUUUUAACUCUCCAUCUCAUUGUGUCUCCACGAGAGCUGGUUGUUGUGCUGUCAAACACACAGUUAAACAUGGUGGCUUCCCAAUCAGUUGUGCUGUUUGAGUUACUUUUAGGUGGAUAAAAACACAAUUAUUGAUUUUACUUGAAAUUUCCAAAUAUGCAGCAGAGUUUUUGUUCUCCUUUAGAACUCUGUCUAUUUGGCUGGACAAUUUGAAAAACAGUGAAGUUACGAAGCAACGUCCGUCUGUCGCACUCUCUUGUUACUGCACAAUGUAAAUGGGAGAUUAUAAACCCCGUCCUGUUUUAGUGGUCCGAGAGUGUGUCCGCUUUGGGGACCUCAGACUCGUGGCUGUGCUC